AUGGCAUUCAAAGGAUGUACCUGGCAAGGCAUCCAGGCGGAAGGAGAUUGGCAUACAGGAGCUCCAGUGCAUAAAGGAGAUCUAGCGCAGGCUAACUGGAAACCAAGCCCUAGCAGGCAGGACUCGGGGACUUGGAAGCUGGGAGGCAGGUACUGCGAUUCAGAGAGCAGCCUGGAGCCUGUUCCUGGGAGUGGAGCGUGGGAUCGGAGUGAGACCAGCACAAGGCAGCCGCCGCAGGUCUGGGGAGCUGCAGAGUCCUCUAGUACGAGGGUUCAGCCUGGAGCUGCAUCUCUGCAAGUGGAGGGAAACUCUCAUCCUGCAGUGAAGGCAUGGAGAGCAUCCAAUUCGCAGUAUCCCGUGUCCACGGGGAGUGUCGGCCCGACCUGGUCCAAAGACAACCUUCCUGACACAGCUGGCUCCAGGAACACAUUUGACCUUCUCAUUGACCUCAGUGUAACUUUUCAGAUCACCCCUCCGUGUACCCGUGAGAGGCAUUAUGAGCAUUUCGGACGAUGCUGUAAUAAAUGUGAACCAGGAAAGUACAUGUCUUCUAAAUGCACUACUACCUCGGAAAGUGUAUGCUUGCCCUGUGGCCCAGAUGAAUACUUAGACACCUGGAAUGAAGAAGAUAAGUGCUUGCUGCAUAAAGUUUGUGACACGGGCAAGGCCCUGGUGGCCGUGGAGCCCGGCAACCGGACGGCCCCGCGGCGCUGCGCAUGCACGGCCGGCUACCACUGGAGCGCCGACUGUGACUGUUGCCGCCGCAACACGGAGUGCGCCCCGGGCUUCGGCGCCCAGCACCCGGUGCAGCUCAACAAGGACACUAUUUGCAAGCCCUGCCUAGUGGGCUACUUCUCUGAUGCCUUUUCUUCCACCGAGAAAUGCAAACCCUGGACCAACUGUAGCAUUCUUGGAGAGGCAGAAGUACAUCAUGGGACGGAUAAAUCCGAUGUGGUUUGUAGUUCUUCUCUGUCAUCGGCAAAGCCUCCAAGAGGGGUUCACCUCUCCCUCUUCAUCAAGACCAUCUUAGCUGUGGUCAAUUUUAUCAGUAUUUUAACUCCAGAUAUGUUGUUACUUGAAAAUUUCCUGCUCUGA